AAGGUGCACAUGCUGCUCUUAAAAAGUGUUUGCAAACAUCCACAGGUAAUUUUGAAUCAGUACAUCAUAAGAUCAUAUUGCAAGUAAAAUCUCAGGCAAGGGAAAUCCAUGCAAUGAUCUCUUCUGAAUGUCUAAGAAAGAUCCAUGAUGAGUCAAUUAAGGCAUCAAAUGCAACUCCAGAUUCGUCUCUAGAUCCUUGCACAGGUCCAUGA